GAGUGGCAUACGGAAAACCAUCAGAACUUAUCGGAUUUGUGGUUUGGCUUCUUGGAUUACUUCAGUCAGCGAUUCGAUUUUGCGUCCGAAGUGAUACAGAUACGCAGAAGGGAGCCAAUAAGCAAGUUGGAUAAAGGAUGGCAAGGUAGACCGAUAGCAAUUGAAGACCCGUUCGAGUUGCAGCAUAAUUUGUCAUCGGGAGUUCACUUGAGAACAAUGAUCUACAUCCAACGAUCGUUCAUUCGAAGCCGUGACCAUUUCGGUCGAAUUCGGCUGCCUGUACGACCACUUAACGAUUAUACCAUCGACACGUUUUUGAAUAAUCUCUUCUCGGCUUGUCACGUCAACUCGGGACCACCAUUGGCUCGCAAUUGCUGUCAUCGAUGCAAACAAAUCGGUCAUUUCGUCGAAAAUUGUCCACUCUCACAGCAAAAAGGUCACAGACGGAGAAGUGGAACUACUACGAACAAGUAUGUGUUCCAUGGCGACGGUUGUUAA